UAAUGUUAACUGAUCUGAUAUAAUGCUCCUCUUCUCCCUGCAGUACGUAGAAUCUCCCGAGAAACGUGCGAGGAAACGGUACUCUGAAGAAGAAUCAAACAACGAAAAAAUGCAUUUUGCCAAUCUUGAGUCGUCUAGUUGUACUAUUCAUCAUUCUGAAAAAGGCGGCAGCAACAGCAGCAGCAGCAGCAGCAGCACAGUUAUGGAUUUGAUCCCUGAUGCUGAUAAGAAACAACUGUAUCCACAUCAAUUACAAGGACUGGAAUUCCUAUGGAGAAACAUAGCUGGAGACAUCCACAUCAACAAUAUGGCAACUCUACCUGCAAAUGGUGGAAGAGGCUGCAUAAUCUCUCACGCACCUGGCACCGGCAAAACCAGACUGACAAUAGUGUUUCUCCAAACUUUCAUGAAGCUCUACCCAAACUGCCUCCCCGUCAUCAUAGCUCCACGCGGUAUGCUCCUCACUUGGGAGCAGGAAUUCGCCAAAUGGAAUGUCGACAUCAAAUUCCACAACUUGAACGAGACAAAGUUAUCCACUCAGGAAAUGGAAAUCGCCUCCACUCUUACAGAUCAUCAAAGCGGCCACGAAAAGAAUAAUAAUAAUAAUAAAGACUAUAUUCGAUUUGUAAAGCUGUUUGCUUGGAUGAAGGGUGGGAGUGUGUUGGGAGUUGGGUACCGUUUGUUCGAAGAGCUUGCUGGAGAAAAACAUGACAAAAACAACAACAAAUUCAAGAAAAUACUAUUGGAAUCACCAGGCCUAUUAGUGCUGGAUGAAGGUCACACACCUCGCAACAAUCAAAGUCUAAUGUGGAAGGCUCUCACAAGGACAUCCACCCAUAGGCGCAUAAUUCUCUCUGGAACACCUUUUCAGAACAACUUCACUGAGCUCUACAACACACUCUGCCUAGUUAAUCCUACAUUUUCUCAGCAGAUCACGAAAGCAACAAAUCGUGGUAGGAAACAAAAGGUGGCCAAUGCAGUGAAGGACGAGUGGGCGUGUCUGACGAAUUCUAUAAGCAAAAAAAAUGAUGAGCGAGUGAAGGAGCUCCGAUCGAUGAUCGAGCCUUUUGUACACAUACACAAAGGUGAUAUACUCGAGAAAACUCUGCCAGGAAUGAGGGACUGCAUGAUUGUACUAAGACCAACUGAUGUGCAAAAGAAACUAGCGGACAAGAUUGAUCAAGUGCUGGUCGAUAAAUUUCUAGAGCAUGACUACUUAGCAUCACUUAUAUCAGUCCACCCUUCACUUGUAGCAGACAGACCAGAAUUCUCCGAUCAGAAAAGAAAGCUGAAAUCCCUGGAAUUGGACCCUUUAGCUGGAGUGAAAACACGGUUCUUGGUGAAGCUGAUAGAACUAUCGAUUCGAGUACAGGAGAAAGUAUUGGUAUUCAGCGAGUACAUAGACCCACUGCAGCAGAUAAAGAAGCUGAUAAAAGACUAUUUCUGCUGGCACGAAGGGCGGGAAGUGAUAUACAUGGAUGGGAAUUUGGAGUCAAAGCAGAGGCAGGUAGUGAUAAAUUCGUUCAACGAUAAGAAAAGUGAGGCAAAGGUGCUUCUAGCAUCACAAAGAGCAUGCUCGGAAGGGAUAAAUUUGGUGGGUGCGUCGAGAUUGGUGCUGCUAGACGUAGCAUGGAACCCUUCGGUUGAAAGACAGGCGAUAUGCAGAGCAUAUAGGAUAGGUCAAGAGAAGAUGGUUUAUGUUUAUCAUCUCCUCACAUUAAUGGAGGUGAACAAGUAUGUGAGGCAGGCUGAGAAAGACAGAAUAUCUCAGCUCAUAUUUGGUCAUCAAGGCGGAGGCGGAGGCAAUGAGCUUGUUUCGGAGGAUAAACUGCUGGAAGCAAUGGUUCGUCAUGAGGAGAAAAGUGUUGUUGAUAAUAAUAAUAAUAAUAUUAGUAUGUUUGAGAGGAUUGUUCAUCAACCCAAGGAAUCUGAUUUCAUCAACACUUUUGGUUUUGUUGAUCUUAAUUAAUAAUCACUGAUUGAUUUUACUUCAACAUAUAUCUAUAUUGUUUAUUUGUAUACACAAACAAUCAUACUAGUCACUCCUAUAUAUAUAUAUAUGUUGAAAAUAUUCUGAUGAGCACUGGGAAGAAAGAAAAAGCUACUCUUGAUUUUGUUUCACAGAGUUUGAUUCAAGAUUUUGAUUGGUUGAUUGGUUGGAGAUCUCGUAUUUAAUUCAAGAUUUUGAUUGGUUGGACACGGGUCCAACUGA